AUGGAGGCCACUCGGCGACUUCGGUAUCCACGAUCAUCAACGACUGCAUCAACGUGUUCUUCCACUGACGACAUUGGGAAUGUUGCAAUACCUGUUGCUCGUCCACCACGAAAGCUUGCUCAUUCUGGUCGUCCGCGUAUUGGUCUUUCCGAAGAAGAGCAAGAAAAUAUCCGUUAUCAUGUCCAUCUCACAUUAGCGGAAAGAAUUUAUCCUACAACGGAGAAGGUUCUCAAUCGUAUUCUGGCUGAUGACCCUGGCUUUCCCAUUCGCUCAACGACAUCAUUAUGGCGAUGGAUGAAAAAACUGGGAUUUUCAUAUAAACGAACGUCCAAAGUCGUCGUGCCUCUCGAUGCUGUCUCCUUUAUGGCUUCUCGCGCACGAUAUUUUGCUGCUAUUGAUGAAGCACGCUCUGAUGGUAGCAAAAUUUUUUGGCACGAUGAGACAUGGUGCAACCAAAACGAAGAAAAGUCUUUUGUUUGGACAGAUGGUAUGACAGGUAGUGGUCGUCUGCGACAAAGUAAAGGCAAAGGUAAGGGAUUUUUUUGA